AUGCAGAACCCCAGCAGAAAAAAGUUAUUAGAGCUCCAAACUAUAAUGAGUAAGAUGUCAUUCGAACUCUGCACCAUAACAGUUUUUUCUGAAUUUGGAGUGCGCUGGAGGGACGUAGCGCGAGCGGUUCGCAACGCAAGAUUACCAAUGACCCCAUCCAAUAUUGCAAGAAUCGUUUGUAAAGGAGUUGCUAAGAAUCUGCCCGCUGAAGAAGUGGAUGAAAUAAUUUCAAAGCUGCGUCUUAAAUUGGUUGCAACACAAAGUCGAAUUUGGUAUGUUAUUGAUUUAAAAGAGCCGUUAAGUGAAGAGCCUGUGGAGGAAACAGAAUUGCCCGAAAGACUAAUGCAAGCAUUGAUAAGUACCCGUAUUGGCAGAAAUAAGACACCAGAGAUACAAACAGUUCGUUUGGGAGAUCUAGUGUUUGCUAGUGUGCAGCUGUCAUCAGAUACACGGUCUAGUGCUCCGCUGUAUCUAGCUAUUAUUCCGGGCGCUCCUGUGGCGUUGACAAGUUCUGUUCGACCUGGCGGUCUAUUAAAAGCUUGUGUUUUAGGUCUCGGUUAUGAAAGCUUUGUAGACGCAAGCCUUCACGGUCGCGAUAUUCCGUCACUGCUUCGUAUACACGCCGGAUGGAGUGAGAACGCUGAUCAUUUGAAAGAAAUACCAGAAUAUGAUCCUGUACCCGUUUUAACAAAGACUGGUAUAGAUUACACAAACAAAAUGUAUGAUGAACAGUAUGUGGAUAACAUAUUGGGUCCCGACCCCCCGCUACUAACGGACCUGUGCAUAAAGAGUUCAAAGAUGUUUUUUGAUCCGCAGAGACUGAACAAACCAAUGAAUUUGACUAUGCAGUUAAAGAGCGAGGAUGUAGCAAAAACACUCAAAUCGUGGGUAAUGAUUGGUGCUGUAGCCCCCACCUCAGACUUCUUUCAAAUAUUUAACAAGUUAAAGUCAAACAAAAUAACUUACACUGCGGAGGAGUGA